AUGGCUGACGAAGAAUAUGAUGCCCAAAAGGCUGCCGAGAUCAAGGCAAAGAGAUCUUUCCGCAAGUUUUCUUACCGUGGUAUCGACCUCGACCAACUCCUCGACCUCUCCUCCGACCAACUUCGCGAUGUCGUCCACGCUCGUGCUCGCCGUAGGUUCAACCGCGGUUUGAAGCGCAAGCCUAUGGGUCUCAUCAAGAAGCUCCGUAAAGCCAAGCAAGAGGCUAGGCCAAACGAGAAGCCUGAUUUGGUCAAGACUCACUUGAGAGAUAUGAUCGUUGUCCCAGAAAUGAUUGGCAGCGUCAUCGGUAUCUACUCCGGAAAGGAGUUCAACCAGGUCGAAAUCAAGCCUGAGAUGGUUGGUCACUACUUGGCCGAGUUCUCUAUCUCUUACCGACCAGUCAAGCACGGAAGACCCGGUAUCGGAGCCACUCACUCUUCCCGUUUCAUUCCCCUCAAGUAA